AUGAAUUACUCAGCGAGCUGUUUUGUUGCCGUCCUCCUUUUGCUCGCAUGGCUUAUCGCCAACUUCGAAACUAAGAAACGCCGCAACGAUGCGAAAGCCGCGGCGCUGGGAUGCUUGCCACCCCCUAGGCGCGAAUCAAACUGGAUCGGCAGUACAAUUCUGAGAGAAUCUAUCCAAGCAACGAAAGAUGAUCGCGGCCCUCAGUACGUGGCCGAGAGCAUGGACCGCAUGUCGCCCUACUGUCACACUGCCAUUGACCCUAUCGUCCACUGUAACAUUGUCGUCACACGCGAUCCUGAAAAUGUUUGGGCGCUCUUCCACAGCCCAGACUUUGACAUCAGCAUCAUUCGACAACGCAGCUUCGAGCCGCUUCUCGGGAACGGGAUAUUCACGAGUCGGGGCAAUGCCUGGAAGCAUAGCCGCACUCUCCUGAAACCUCAUUUCAGCAAAGAGAUGAUCGGUGAUGUGGGCCUACAGGAGCAACAACUGAACAAUUUGAUCCGACAUUUGCCUGCCGAUACCAAAACCGGGUGGACGGAGAAAGUGGAUCUUGCGCCCUUGUUCUUCAAGCUUUCCCUCGACACCGCGACCGAAUUCAUCUUCGGGCAGUCCAGCAACUCGCUCCAGCAGGGCGGCGGGGUUGGCGAAACGCUCGCUUAUCACAUAGAGGCUGCCAAGGUCUGGAUCGACCGUCGUGGAGGUCUCGGCAAGUUCUACUGGCUGCUAAAUAGCAGAAAGUCCAGACAGCAUUGCAAGGCCAUCCACAAGUUCGCUGACAAAAUUGUCGCUGACCGGCUGGCGAACCCGCCCGCGAAGGCUGACGCAUCAUCUCAGUUCAAUCUGCUCAAUGAGCUUCUGAAGGAGACAAAGAACAAGAGACAACUGAGGAAUGAGAUGCUAAAUGUUCUUCUUGCUGGCCGCGACACUACGGGGUGUUUGCUCGGAUGGAUAUUCUACUUCCUCGCUCGGCAUCCCCAGGUUUACGAUACUCUGCGGCACAGAAUAAUCGAGCAGCUGGGACGUGAGCCGGCAGACUUCCAUGCAUUGAGUCAAGUCGACUACCUCAGGUGGGUUAUCAAUGAGUCGCUCAGGGUGGCGUCCGUCAUACCCCUGAACGAGCGAGUGGCGCUUAGAGACACAACGCUGCCGAGAGGCGGCGGACCGAAUGGGAACGCGAAAGUGUUUAUCCCCAAGGGAACUCAGGUCUUGAUUCCACUCUACGCCAUGCAGCAUAGACCGGAUAUUUGGGGCAAGGACGCCGAAAAAUUCCGUCCCGAGCGAUGGGAGUUUCACAGACUGGGACCCGAGUUCGUCCCUUUCGGCGCAGGGGUUCGCCAAUGUCUUGGUCAGCAGUUUGCUCGCAACGAAGUUAGUUACGUGGUGUCGAGAUUCUGUCAGCGUUAUGACCGUAUCGAGAACAUGGAGGUCGGAGACGGCAGGAUCCGGCUGCAUCAUGCUGUCGAAAAUAGGUCUGGCACUGGUGUCCAAGUGCGACUGCAUGAAGCACAUAAUUCGGUGUAG